AUGAUUCUCGAACGACUACUCAAUAUCUCGCCCACUACUCUCCUCAUCAUCCCUCCCGUAGGCAUUCUCAUUUACGGCUUCUUACAAUACCUCCUCGAUCCUCUCCGCUCGGUCCCGGGGCCAUUCUUGGCACGCUUCUCACGCCUGUGGUACUUCCUCGAAAUCUAUAAAGGGAGCUUCGAGGAAACAAACAUUGGGCUGCACAGGAGAUAUGGGCCCAUUGUGAGAAUUGCUCCGCAUGAGUACUCAAUUGACGAUGUUAAUGCUGCUCGGACAAUUUAUGGGCACGGGAAUGCCUUUGUCAAGGCACCUUGGUAUCAGGCUUGGAUGCCGCCAGAUGUCAACAAAGCUUCUCUGUUUUCUGAUCUCAACCCACAUCGGCAUGGGCUCCAACGCCGGAAGUUCUCUUCUCUCUAUAGCAUGAGUGCUCUCAUUGGCUAUGAACCCUUUGUCAACAACUGUACCUCCCUUCUCUGCCACCGUUUCAACGAGAUUGCCCAAGCUGGGAAGACGGUAAAUCUACAACAUUGGCUGCAAUGCUAUGCCUUUGAUGUCAUUGGAGAAAUAACCUUCGCCAACCGUUUCGGGUUCCUCGAUAUGGGAGAAGAUAAAGAAGGUGUUUUCGGUGCUAUUGAUGAACGAGGGAUCUACAGUACCUUUGUUGGAAUCUUCCCCUGGAUCCAUGCUAUCUUGUAUCCGUUGCUUCCGAAGACUGGCGGUCAUGGAUACGUGUUCAACUACACAUUGAGGCAGAUCGAGGAGCGGCAGAAAUCAUUGAAGGAUCCAAGGAAUGCUGGACGAGAAGGACCACCUGAUAUCAUGACGAAGAUCCUGCUGGCGCAUGAGGCGGAUCCGAAUAAGAUGACGAAAAUAGAUCUGAUCACAAUGUGUCAGUCAAAUAUUGGAGCUGGAAGUGAUACGACAGCCAUCACUCUCUCCAGUAUCCUAUAUCAUCUCCUCAAAUACCCCAGGACCUAUCAGGUACUUCGAAAUGAAAUCGACACCGCGGCCAAAGAAGGAACAGUCUCCGAUCCUGUGACAUUCAAAGAGGCGCAAGACUUACCUUAUCUGCAAGCCGUAAUAAAAGAAGCCCUCAGAAUGCACUCCGCGACGGGCCUCCCCAUGCAGCGCGUUGUUCCGCCAACAGGAACAACAAUCGCGGGUCACUUCAUCCCAGCCGGUUCCUCAGUUGGAAUAAAUGCCUGGGUUGCCCACCGGAAUACUUCGAUCUACGGGCCCGACGCAGAACAAUGGCGUCCUGAGCGCUGGCUUGAAUUCGAGCAACAGGGAAGAGGUGCAGAGGUUGAGAAAUACGCACUAGCGUUUGGGAUGGGGAGUCGUACUUGCAUUGGUAAGAAUAUUAGUUUGUUGGAGAUGAGUAAGUUGGUGCCGCAGCUGGUGAGGAAGUUUGAUUUUCAGUUGGAUGAGGAGUUGGAGAAGGAGGGGUUGAAGAGUUGUAAUAGGUGGUUUGUGAAGCAGAUGAAUUUUGAGGGGAAGGUGUUUGCUAGGGGUGAGGAAAAGGAUGGUUGA